AUGUCGUCGUCGCCGCCGUACUCGCUUGCUCCGGCCUCGUCAUCAAUGUGCCUCUUGCAGCAGCCUGCGGCAUCGCCAGCGGCGCUUGACCUCACGUCGGUCAACGAAUCCUCAGUCUCACGCGCGCCGCUUGCGUCGUCAUUCUCGGGCCACCUCAUUCUUCUCGCGCCUACCCGGUCCGGCCACUCGGACUCGGGCGAAGCCGGUGGAUCGUCGAGCGCUCUCUCGCUCUCCUCGCAGAACGAAGUGGUAGAUGAGCGAUCGGCUUCGCGGACAAGCGAGCUCGCGGGAACACUACCGACCAUUCCGAUUUUGCCGGCACAGUCGUCCGUCGGGCUGGCACCGUCGAGUCUGCCAUGGCGACUCAGCAGGAUCGACGUGGACGCUCUGCUCCGUACUCAGGGUGAGGACGACAUAUCGUGGUGUUCCGCGUUUGGCACUUCGCACCCGUGCGUCUUUGCCGACGAGGCCAACGGCUCGGUCCCGGUUGUGGUCAAGGUGCUUGCAAAGCAGCAGUUCACCGACAGUGAGCAGAUUACUCUCGCAACGGCACUUGCCACGGCUGCAGCGUGCACCGACACGUCACGGCGCCUCGCCGGCCCGCUCGCCAUCUGCCUCGACCCGCCGCGGGUUGCCAUGGUCUUCCCACGCUAUCCAGCCGGCUCGCUGGCAGACUUGCUGGCCAACGAGACCCCGAUCCUACACCCGCGCCACCCGCAGACGCUUCAUGUCAUUGCGCGCGGCUUGCUGACGUCGAUGACUCGGCUCUCGACUGCUUUGGCCAACUUUCCGGACGCUUGCAAGGCCCACGGUGCGCUGUCGCCGUCCAACGUCAUGCUGGUGGCCACGGCCGGCUACGUCGUCGACACCCACAUCAUCGACUUUGGACUUUCUGACUUGGUGGACAUCUUCGGCAUCCAUCGGACCAUUCCGUCCGUCGGCUACAUGUCGCCCGAGCAGCUGCGCGGCGAGACGCCUACCGCCGCCUCGGAUGUCUUUAUCAUCGGCUCCAUCCUCUUUGAGCUCCUCGUCGGCUCGUCGCCGUUCAUGGGCUCCGACCCGCUCGAGAUUGCCACCCGCAUCUCUGCUGGCGUCACCUCAUCGCUGGCUACCUCCCGUAUCCCCUCGGAGCGCCUCCGCACCCUCAUUUCGUCGUGCUGGGCCGUCGAGCCGGCCGAUCGUCCCACCAUGGCCGACGUUGCCACCAUCGUCGCCUCUCUCGGCUCGGCAGACUUUGCCACCCUCAACGAUUCUGGCGCCAUCACGGCCUCGUACGCACGCAUCGUUAUGUAA